GCAAACUGAUGCGCGUGUUACAACCUCGUGGGCGUCGCGACUCUCGCGCGUCGGCUCUGUCACGCCGCGAUUGGGGUUUCGACCGAGAAGACUUUUCCAUGCCACCGGAUUCCGCUGUGGAACAUGCAAACCUGGGCAGCUCGCCCGGUGCGGGUAUCGAGACUUCGAGCUAUGCUGGAUCUAGCUUGAAGACCCCCAGUCGCUCAUUUUACCACCGCUCAUUGAACACUCCUGCAGACCCGGCACACUAUGCAUCCGAUGGGCUGCGAGAGCAAACUGCGGAGCUUGCGACCUACGGCUUGUCACUGAACAAACAGCCCUCGCGGGGAAGAACCAGUCUUCCUCCCAGUCUGGAUACAUUUCAGGGCCGACAUUCUCCAGCUACCUCUCAUGAUGAAAUCGCCGGCUCUCAUCAAACUGUGGGAGGGCGGUCCUUGGAAUUAAGAUCCACUCCUGUCGACUCUGCCAUUGCUUCCUCCGCUCUGACAGAGAUGAUCCUCCGCCCCUCUUCGGACUCGGACGAGGAUGUCACCAAGCCCGCUGUCACGGAAGAUAUCCCGGACCUUCAUCUGCCGACCAUCCAAGACGAACCCGAGCCCCGAGACACGGAGCGGACUUCGCUGCUGACAAAGACUCGCUCCAAGUCAUCACACCAUUACGGAGCUGUUGAGGAUGUUGAGAACCAGGGAGGAAGCACCGCUGGGCCCGUCAACGCCUUCUCCAAAGGACUUUCAAGGGUAGCUAAAUGUUCGCGGAUCGUGACGAAUCCCAAGGCCUGGGAUAGGCGAAUUAUAUGGCAAGAAGGACUGAUCCGCCCCGUCAGUUUAAUUCCAGCAGUGUUUCUUGGACUUUUGCUUAACAUUCUUGAUGCCUUAUCUUACGGAAUGAUCUUGUUCCCUCUGGGAGAGCCCUUAUUCGCCGACCUGGGCGCAGAUGGCAUCUCGAUGUUUUACGUCAGUACUAUCGUCGCUCAGGUGGUAUUCUCUUGCGGAGGUUCCAUCUUCAAGGGAGGAAUAGGAAGUGAAAUGAUCGAGGUCGUUCCCUUCUUCCACCAGAUGGCAUUCGCCAUCAUGAACCGAGUGGGCAAGGACAAUCCGCAGGCCGUGAUUGCGACCACCAUCCUCGCCUUCUCAGUCAGCUCUGUCCUUACCGGUUUGGUAUUCUUCUUGAUGGGCGUCUGCGGGCUGGGCUCGCUGAUCGGAUUCUUUCCUCGCCAUAUCCUGAUCGGCUGCAUUGGCGGUGUUGGCUACUUCCUCAUUCAAACCGGAGUCGAGGUCUCUGCUCGGUUGCCCGGCUCACUCGAGUAUACCAUCGAUACUCUCCAGAAACUCUUCCACCUCGACACAUUUCCUCUUUGGAUAAUACCUCUGUUCCUUGCAAUUAGUCUUCUUGUUUUGAAGCGCUUCGUUCGGUCGAAUUUCCUCGUCGGCGCUUACUUCAUUGGUGUGGCGGUGGCUUUCUACAUCAUUAUUCUUAGUGCGAGGAUUUCUAUGGAUACCUUGCACCAGAAUGGUUGGGUGUUUGAUGCCCCGUCAUCUAAUAACCCUUGGUAUCACUUCUACACUCUCUAUGACUUCUCUGCGGUGGACUGGACUGCCUUUGCUGAUACCAUCCCGGCAAUGUUUGCAUUAACUUUCUUCGGUGUGCUCCACGUACCGAUCAACGUUCCCGCUCUCGGCAUCUCUACUGGAGAAGACAAUCUCAAUGUGGACAGGGAGCUUGUGGCACACGGCGUAACCAAUGCCCUCUCAGGAUUUGCGGGUAGCAUCCAGAACUAUCUCGUGUACACGAACAGUCUUUUGUUCAUCGCUAGCGGUGGAGAUUCGCGCUUGGCUGGUCUCAUGCUAGCGGCCGCAACAGCAGGAAUUAUGGUCAUUGGCCCGGUGAUUGUCGGAUACAUCCCGGUCAUGGUUGUCGGCGCUCUGAUCUUCUUGCUUGGUAUCGAAUUGUUGCAGGAGGCCUUGGUAGACACGUGGGGAAAGCUUACACGACUCGAGUAUCUGACAGUGGUCAUCAUCGUUGUCACGAUGGGCGCUUGGGACUUCGUGACGGGUAUAUUGGUCGGCAUCAUCCUUGCAUGCAUGAACUUUGUCGUACAAACAUCUCGCAAGUCUGCCAUUCGAGCCACGUUCUCUGGAGAGACCACAGGGUCAACGGUCCGCCGACCCCCCAUUCAACAGCAGUACCUGCAUGAGGCUGGCCAGCAAACUCUCAUUCUGAAGCUUGGUGGCUUCCUCUUCUUCGGGACCAUCGUCAGUGUCGAGAACACGGUGCGCGGCCUGAUCGAAGACGAGGCUUUUGAUCGGCAGCCCCUCCGAUUUUUGAUUCUGGACUUCUCCAGGGUCUACGGACUUGAUUUCUCCGCCGCCGAAGCUUUCACUCGCAUUAACCGCAUCCUCCGCAAGCGCAACGUGCAAACAACUAUCUCCGGCCUGAACGUCGAGGGCGACGUCGGCAAGAGUCUACAAAACGUAGGCCUCUUCGAGCCCGAAUCUGGCGUCUCCAUCUUUGAGGACCUCAACUCGGCCCUCGAAUUCUGCGAGAAUGACUACCUCAAGGUUUUCUACAACCGCCAAAAAGCACUCACUCGCAAGUCUAUCGACUCCACCAACAGCCCCCAACUCCAGACGCCCGUUCCUGUCCCAUCAGGUGCGGACAAUCGCCAAUCCAGUCUAUCCGAGAAUGUAGUCGGCUCUCCCCGAGGACAGUACUUACAACGGGUCGCCACAACCACGAUCCGCGAACACGAACAAGAAACAGCCAGUAUGGCCGCACCCGCCUGGUCCGCCAUGCGCCAACCUCUCCCCCUCCUCCUCCAAACAUUCCAGGGCCUCUCAACCCAGAAUGAAGACUUCUGGUUCCCCGCCUGCGCCUACUUCUCAUGCGAGUCCUACCCUGCCGGCACAGUCCUCUACCACGAAGGCGACAUCCCACGCGCCUUCUAUCUACUCGAGUCCGGUAUGCUGCGUUGCGAGUAUAACCUCCCACAGGGCCGCUACUUCGAGCUUGUCGUCGCUGGUCGACCCUGCGGAGAGUUGCCUUUCUUCAGUGACACUCGCCGCACAGCGACGGUGAAAGCUGAGCACGAAUGUGUUGCAUGGUGCCUCAGUGAUGAGAAGUGGAAGGAAAUUCAAGAGCAGCAUCCGCGCAUCGCUCGUGAACUGUUGACUGUUAGUUUGAAGCUGACGACCGAGCGGAUGGACAGUAUCACUUCAUAUGUUCUCACAAUGGCAGCUUGA